AUGAUGAUUCGCAAUCGAUUUAGUAAAACUUUCAAACGAACUGAUUCUGUUGAAAGCGACAAUGAAGACCAGCAAGGAACAGAACGGAAACAACUUUUAACUGAGUCACUGCCAAUCAGAGAGGAACUCAAAACUUUACGCAAAAACAUUGAUUCAGUCAAGACUUCAUUGGAAAAAGACAUUCAAGCAUUGAUGCUGAGUAUGGAUAUUGGAGUUCUGAAGAACUUUUUAAGUGUGUCCGAGUCUAUUCAAAAGCUGCAAGAACAAUGGUUGUCGCUCUGCACAUCUGAGAUUAAAACGAAAAUUAUCUUCAACGAACUGACCUACCUCAAUACGGAAUUCUUUUAUGUCUUUGAGUAUUACAAACGAGCUUAUGAUAUUGUUGAGAAAUAUUGCUCGAGAAUUCAUCAUGAGGCUCAAAAUUUGUCAAAGGAUCUCGAAGACAAAGAUGUUAAAGAAUGUGAAUUUGAAAAUGAGCCUACCUUAGCUACUCAAAGUGUCGAUAAAGAUCAUCAAGAAGAACUUGAUCAAAUGACUCAACGAGCCUCAGUUCUAAUGGAAAUUGAGCAAAGCUUAGGAAAAGUUCGUGAUAAAUUUCUAAAAAUCUCAACGUUUGUGAAGGAUACAAGUUUCUCAGUCAAAGGACUUGAUGACAAAACUGAUGACACUGUUAGACAAAUUGAUAAAUCAAUUAAUAACUUGAUGCAGGAACGACUUUAUCCUAAUAAAGUUGAGAAGAAUAUAAUAUUCAUUGGCGUUGGAUUAUUGAUAACAGCUGUGAUUGUGUACUUGAUGUUGAAAAAUUAA